AUGCCAUCCGUGAACGAUUCUUCGGCCACACGGCCUAGCGGUUCUAGCUCGAGGUCGGACCAGCUCACAUACUACAAAGCGCAAUAUGAGCAGCUGGAGGCCGAGCUGUCCGAGUUCCAGGCUUCCAGCCGCGAACUGGAGGCCGAGCUGGAAAAGGACAUCGAGGCGUCGGAGAAACGCGAACGGCAGCUGAAGGAGCGGCUGGAAAACUUGAGAUACGAGAUCGACGACUGGAAGUCCAGAUACAAGCAGGCUAAGUCGGAGGCCAGCGCGGCUCAGAACACGCUGCAGAAAGAGAUUACCAAGUUGCGCGAUGGCAACCGCACCCUGCAACUGAAAUUGCGCGACAUCGAAGUAGCGAAUGAUGACUACGAACGCCAGGCCCGCCACACCACGUCAUCCCUGGAGGAUCUGGAGCAGAAGUACAACAUGGCGAUCGAGCGCAGCGUCUUACUUGAAGAAGAGGUCAAGAAUGGAGAAAUGGAGCGUGAGAGUCUACGGAUCGAGAACCAGCGUCUUCGUGAUGAAUUGUCGGAACAAAGGGUCGAAGCUGAGAUUCUCUCGGAGAAGCUUCGACACGAACAGAACGGCGGUCGCCGCAGAAAGCCUGCGUCGUUGAUCUACCGCACACCGUCCACACCGCAGACACCCGAGAUCUUCGAUCGCACUCUCGGCGCUCCGACCGUGUCUAGUCCUAUGUUCCAGACACCACCGAUCAAGAAUGCUCUUAUGACCGUGGCUGCGACUCCUCCUUCCCCACCGAUGUCUGAGGCGUCGGUCACUGUCCCAACCAGUAUGCGCAAGACUGCCAGCGCCACCCCCGGAUUCCCGUUCAAGAAGGCAGGUGGUGGCGCGCAGCUGGGUUCUCGGUCGAUGUAUGAUUCGAAGAAGACCCCGAAGAAGACUCGCGGUUCCACCUUCACUGCCAAUAACACUCGUCCCAAUGCAACGACCCUGCCCUUUGCGAGCGCGUUCCAGCCCGGAGGUAUCAGCACCAAUGACCCCACCUCGUCCGCCAGUAUCAGCAAUGACCGGUCAACCACACUGCCCAAGUCGGGAUCUCUGUAUCAGAUCCGCGGCCUGAUCGGCAAGAUGCAGCAGCUUGAGGAGCGAGUCCACUCCGCCAAGUCCAAACUCCCGGCACCCUCUGAUUCGCCGUCUCGUGUCUCGUCGCGAUCUGGUUCUAUUGUGGGUGACAGCCCAGUCUCCUCGACGAUUACCAUGCGCCAGAACUCGGCACGGAAACGGGUCAGCGGCAGUAGUUUCAGCUCGUCGGUGCGUGAAGGCGACACGGCGUCAUCUUAUAACACGCGACCAUCAUUUGGCACUCGAACCCAGGGCGACAGUCGACCCAGCAGUCGUACCAGCUACUCGAGUUCUUUCAGCCAGAGCACCCAUCCCAGCGUUGCACCUUCGAAUCACUCGGCACGUCCCGAAAGCCGACAGAGUCGGACCAAGACGCCUUUGGGACAUUUUUCGACCAAUCCCACCACUGAAAGUCGGCGCCCAAGGUCCUCACUCAGCAACCCUUCGGUACAAAAUGGCCAGGUAAAUGGGAUGUCCAACAUUGAUGAAGAUGAGGAUUUGGCGUUCAAAAUGUCCGUGCGAGCGAAAAUCAGCGAGGCUCGUGAGAUGCGCUUCCCUUCGUUUUCCCCUUCGUUUUCCUCUUCGUUUUCCUCUUCGUUUUCCACACCUAUCAACCCGUCCACACCCACCAACCCGGUGAAGACGGUGAAGAAACGCACGCCUAGCGGGAUUCCGGCACCACCGCGAAGCUUCCGGACCAGCACCAACUCUCAACCGAAGUCCAAUGUUGGUGAUCUGGGCGAGACCUUUUAG